AUGAGACACGAAUUGAAAACAAGCGGUGAGCUACUCGAGCAGCUGUGUGCACUUCCGAAGGGAGACGUUGCGCACGGAAGGAGUGCUACGAUCGCAAGUCGUGUCGGGAUGCCGGAAGGUUUCAGAGUGCGUAAUCCGUCCUGGAAUCCAACACGUUGGAACUCCGAAAUUGUGCGAGAGCAUUUUCAUCUGCGCUACAGAGAGUUCGAAUCUCAGGAGGGCAAAACGAAGGUCGCUUUGCAAGAUCCGGUAGGUCUCCUUCGAAAAACAGAAAACGGGAUGCGGCUGUUUUGUUUGCGCUGGUUGAAUCCUGGAGACCGAGACGAAGACCGUUCUAAAAGAACGUUGUCGCCACUGCUCUUUUUUCCAUCACUAUGUGCAUCUGACAGCUUCUCAAGUGCUCUCUUCGACCUCCUGGAAGAAGUCCUUUCUUUGGGCCUCACUCGGCUAGAAAAGGACCCACGUGGUCUAAGCGCCGUGAUUCUUACUGCAGUCACCAUUGCUGCAGCUCUCGAUUACGUUGCCGGAGCCGGUGCCCACCACCCACUUCUGAAUGAGCACAAGCUGGCCCCCAGACUCGAGUACAUGCUGCAGUCUCUCCUGCUUACCACAAAGGUGCAGCUCGAGCACCUGUACGCACUCGAGACCUACAUCUCGAGGCGCAAUCAAGCGGCAACGCCACCCACGCUGCAAGGCGGUGAGGUGGAUCGGUCGAGUUGUUCGGUUCGCUUUGCUGAGCAAAGUUUUUAAAUGGAGGGAGCGAGGCGGUCAAUCUUGCAAGAUUGUGAACAAAAACAAGCCGCAAAGAUUGAAGAAAAGAAGCGUAAUCAAAAUGACCACGAUGAGUUAAUUCGGGAGGCAGAUGCGUGGGGAUGUAACUGUGAAUGGGUUUGGAAUGAAAGCAGGUACAUCUUCAGCAAGUGUCAGAGUUGUAGGAACAGAGACACUGCGCGCAGCAUUCAUCAGUUAUCUUUCUACGAAAAGUUACUGCCAGACCAAGAAGCAAAGCAGCGCGCUGUGGUCUUUGCGAUCCAAGAGCGUCAAGUGCUGAAACUUUAGCGGGAAGCACUUGUUCUUAUUGCGACGCAAGUUUGGCAAAGUUUGAUUGCGAUUUAUGAACUUACUUUCGAAAUGGGAUUCCGUAGAUAAAGUUGACUUUUUAGCAUGCUCUGG